GCGAGCACAGUUCAGUAAGCGAGAAGCGUUACAGGCUAUCACAACAGGUUGUGUUUCGGAGAAAAAAAGUUAAGCACCUAAAAUCAGAUUAAAAUGCGUAUCGGAGCCACCAUUCCCGACUUUAAAGCCGACACCACUCUGGGUCCCCUUAGUUUCUACGAUUGGCUCGGUGACUCGUGGUGUCUCCUGUUUUCGCAUCCGGCCGACUUCACCCCCGUUUGUACAACCGAGCUGGGUCGAAUUGCCGUACAUCGGGAGCACUUUGCCAAGAGAAAUGUGAAGAUUUUGGCCCACUCGGUGGAUGAUCUCAAGUGUCACGUGGAUUGGGUCAAUGACAUCAAAUCCUACUGUCCGGAUAUCCUCGGUAAUUUCCCGUAUCCGAUUAUUGCGGACCCCAAGCGCGAACUGGCCGUUCAGUUCGGAAUGCUGGACGAGAAGGACAAAGACAACGCCGAGCUGGCACACACGGUCCGGGCGCUGUACAUAAUCAGUCCUGAUCAUCGCGUGCGAUUAACAAUGCAUUAUCCCACAUCGACCGGUAGAAACGUUGACGAAAUUCUCCGAGUGAUCGACUCCCUGCAGCUGACUGACCGUGUGAAGGUGAUCGCAACACCAGCCAACUGGACGCCCGGUACCAAGGUGAUGAUUCUGCCGGAAGUGUCCGAAGCGGACGCCGAUAAGCUGUUCCCCGGUGGAAUCGAGCGUAUUUCAAUGCCAUCCGGUCACGUGUACGUACGCACCACCACCGAUUACAAAUGAGCGCGCCGACAACGACGACGACGACGGCGAGGAAGCGAUCGGAGAAGACUGCAUUUGUUUUGUUGAAUUUGAAUAAUUAAUGUGAAUUGUGGCUGCAAUGCAAAA